AUGUAUAACGAAACGAAUAAUAUGGAGGAUAUUAGGGAAUUUAUUUACUUAAAGAAAGAAAAAGCAAAGAGGGAACAUAUAGAAUUGGUGAAAAAUAAUAUUGAGGAUAUUUUAAAUGAAGAUGAUGAAGAAGCUUUUGAACUUAUUGAUUUGCUAUUUUUUACAAAAGAGACAAAUUAUAUAAAAAAUAAUAUGUGUAUUUGUAUACAUUUAUUAUCUCACUUAAUAAAUGAAAUAAAUAGGGAGAAAAUAAAAGAAAAUUUAUAUAAAUAUAUUUUAAAAAGAUCAGAUGAAGUAGGUUUUAGUUAUUUUGAAAGAGCAUUUUUUUGUAAGAAAAUUUUAUGCUUUUGUUCUGAAUAUGAUAACUUACUAUCAGACUUACAAUUUGUAUCUCCUUUUCGUCAGUUAUUUAUGAAAUGUGUAUCAUUUCUUGAUGACAUAUUUUAUAGUAAUGAGAAGUUUAACGAAGUAAACCAUAAAUUACGUAUGCUUAAAAAAGGUAUAAUUAAUAAAUUGAUUUUAAUUUAUUCAAAUAUUAGUAAUAUGAAGAAUAGAGAUAAAUACCAGGAAGAAGAAGGAAAUAUACCAAGUGAAGAAGCAGAAUUGGAAUAUCUUUUAAAUAUUUGUACAGAGGAAACUCCCCUUUACCUUGUCGUUGAGUCAUUUGGUUUGUACUUAUGUACUAUAAAUCAAACUUGUGCAUUAUAUAGAAAAAAAAUGAUAGAUAGAUUUACUAAUAUUUUUAUUAAUAUUUUAAAUACUAAUAAAGAAAUAUUACUAAAAAUUACUAGAUCAUUUAAAUAUUUUUUUCAAAUAUGUAAAGAUGAAAAUAUGUUUACUGUUAUAUUAAAUCUUAUUCAUAGAUAUGAUGAAGUAGCUUUAAGAAAUGCAGCUUCUUUUUAUUAUUAUUCGGAAUUAUAUAACCAGAAAUAUUUAUAUAAUGUAUUAGACAUUGUUAUAAACAUAAAGAAAACGAAAAAUAUAGAAAGUUGCGAUUUGUUGUAUUUUAUUAUUUUUUAUAAAUUUCAUUUGAAUAAUGAUAAUGACUGUAUAUUAAAAAUGUUAUUUGAAAAUUACAAAAAAUUAAAUGCUAUUAAAUUUAAUGAGAAAAUUAUAUUUUUAAGGUGUGCUACGUAUCUCCUCUCAUCAUAUAAGAGCAAAGAAAUCAAGAAUACUAUUACUUCAAAUGAAGCUAUGAUAACAAAUUAUUUAAAAAACGAUUUAAAUGAAGAUGUAAAAAUUGAAUCUCUAAAGUUUGUCAGGCGCAUAAGCAGUAUUUUCAAAAAUGAUAAAGAUAUAUAUAAUAUAUUUUCAAAGAACAUUUUGGAACUCUUAGAAAAAUAUGGAAAAAAUAAUGAUACCUUUUUAUAUUUCUGUAUUUUAUAUUACAUCGAUUUGGUUAGUGUACUAGAAGUUAAUGAGAAAUUGUUAUCGAUUUUGAAAUCUCACAUAAACUUCUGCUUAACAAAACAAGUAUUAAAACAUGUGUAUGGUGUUAAUUUAUUCUUAUUUUUGUAUAUAAAAUGUACUCAUCCAUCUGUUAAGAAUAUUGACAAUCAAAUCAAUGAAAUAUUACUUAAAAGUAUAUACAAUAAAGAUGAACUGUUUUACUUAUAUGAUAUAAAUGAAAUAAGCAAAAUUCCUCUUGACAAAUUCUUCUUUUACGUGUAUUCUCUUUUGUUAUUACUUCAAUUCUUGAUGAAUGAAGAUAAUAAAAUGGUUUAUGAUUAUCUAAAUAGUCUGAAUAAAGAUUUUUCGAGUUCCAUCUGUUUUGAUAAAAUAGGUAAGAUACACAUAGAACAUGUGUUAUUGUCUGAAAGUGGUAAAAGGGAGAAAAAAAAGACUGGAACAAAUUUAUAUCAUCAUAACAAAGUAGAGCACACCAAUAAAAUAGAGGGUAGGAAAAACAAAUUAGACAAUCUGCAUAUGCUCACGUUUCUUAUUAUAUUAUGCAUCCUUCACUAUUUGCAAGAGAAAAAAUAUGAUAAUGCGGAAUUUAGGAAAAAAAAUCAGAAAACCUUUCAAAAUUACGUACUUAGUUUAAAAAAAGGAGGUAUACUUAAUGGACAUAUCUGUGAAUAUCAAAAUUAUGUGGAUGACUUCCACAUAUUACUAGAUGUAUUAUUAAUGCAGAAAGAAAUAUUUCAAUUAAUUUUAUACUCCUUUUACAUUUACCUAUUUAUAUAUUGGAACAAUUCUCGUUAUCAUUAUGGUAACAAGUUUAUAUUAAGGAAGUUUACUUUUUUCCUUUUUUCCUAUGUAAAUAAGGUUUAUCUAGAUCCAAAUGAAAAACAAAACUGUUAUGUGUUGUUCAUGGUAUGCUUCUGUCACCCAAGUCUCUUUUAUAAAAAUUUGAGAAAUAGCGUAAGCAGAAGAAGAAUGAAAAAUUUUAUUUGUAAGGAACUAUUAACUAAUAUUAAUUUAGAAGUAGUAAUAGCUUUUGUCUUAAAGGGAUCUGAUUAUUAUGACAGUACAUUACAUAAAAAUGUUUGUAUACAUUUAGUUGAAACCUUUUACAUUUUGAAAAAUGUAGGCAAUAGUCAGAAAGAAUGUGAAGCAGAACAAGAGGAUAUAUCUAAUUCCCGUCAUAAUGAACUACGUAAGGAUAUGCAAAAAAUAAAAAGAGAAGGUAUUUCUGCAUUAGUUGUUAAUAAAAAGAAGAAUUGUAUUGAAAAAAAAGGUUGUAUAAAAAUAUCGAAGAGACAAGAAUUAACAAGCAUAAAUAAUGUAAAUAUAAAAGAGCAACUAAUUUCAUUUACAAGUAAAUUGAUUGAAAUGUUGGAUGAUAAGAGUGUGGAAAACAUAAAAGAGGAAGAAAUAGAAAUAUGUAAAAGCCCAUACGAUACUUUAUAUGUGGACAGAAAUGUUUAUCAACCGACAGUUGUAGUUGAAAGCAAAAAUAUAAAAAGAAACAAACAUUUAUUUUCUAUGUAUGAUGAAGAAACAGCAGAAUUAAUUAUGGAAGAAGAGUUAAAUAAAAGUAGAAAGACAAACAAUAGAAGUACGACAAAAGAUAAGAAACAUAACAACAAAAACAAAGGGAUGACAAAGGAAGACUUAGAAAUGGAAGAAAUAAAAAAACAAAAUGAAAUUCGAAUUAGGAUAUAUGAAAUAUUUGAAAGAAAUAAAUACCUUUUAAAAUGCAUUAAAUUAAUGAGCUAUAUUCGUGAUAUAUUUGAUAUGAAAUAUGUAAAUAUAUUUAUAAAGAAAAUUAUGAUUUUUUUAAAAAAUGAUUUAACAACUAGAUUUGCUCAAAAAUAUUUGUAUAUAAUAAUUGAUAACAUGAUAAGUACAAAAUUGUUAAGUUGUAAAAAUAAAAUAACAAGAUGUUUGUACAAAAUAAGUAAAUAUAACAAAGUAGGUGGGUCAGCUUUAAUGAUUUUCAGUUCUUUUAAUAUGAAUGAAAAAAUAACUUACGUACUGACAUUAUUUUUAAUUCCAAUCGUUUUUCAUAGCAUUAAUAUUAUAAAUGAUAAAGAUGCAACAUUGAAUAUUUUAAAAACGUUAGAUAUAUUAUUACAUACUAAAACGCAAAUUAAUGACGAAGAUGCUCUGAAAUGUUUACAAAUUUCUUUUGAGAAAUAUCCAGAUAUUGAUGUAGAACUUGAAUCAUUUUUAGACAACUUUAAUUCAUACUUAUUGAAUAAGAAAAAUAUUAGAGCACUUUUAGAAUUGUGCAUAACACAAAAUGAAAAACGUAGAAAUGUUAUAAUCAAGUCUCUCUAUAAAUAUGUAAUGGGUGAUGAGCAACAAAAAGAAAAAGAGAAAAAUAAUUUUGAUAUUUUUAAAAACGAAUCAAUAUAUACAUACAUAAAUAUAUUUAAGAAUGAUUAUAAUAAGGAGACCCAAAAAUACUGUGAAGAAAUUAUACGCAAAUUGAACAUCCCUUGUGUCACGGACCAAUACAUGUUAAUAGAUUCGUUGCAAAAAGAGUGUUGUGACUUCCAAGAUAUGAUAUGCAAAAGUAUUGUAGUAUCAACCAAUAAACAUAAAACGAAAGAAUUAAUUUUUCAGUUAACAUCUAAAUAUAUAACUUUUAAGGAAUAUGGGAAAAUAGGAAUACUGAAAACGAUGGAAAAGCUGGCGAAAUCGUACUAUAUUACCGUUAUUGAUGAUGUUGAAUUUGUUUUAAAUUUUUUAUUAGGUUUGUGUUUAGAGGAAAAAAGUGAUAUAACGAAGAUAAAGGAAUAUGUUAUUAUUUGUGGUACUUCACUAAUAAAUUCGUACAAUGAAUAUCUUGUAAUGAGUAAAAAAAGAAAAAAGAAAAAGGAAAAAAGGAAUAUGAAUGUAGGAAGAAAUAAUGCAGUAGGAAGUGCCAAGGGGAAAAAAGAGCUUACGACUAAUAGUCACAGUAAUCAAUUCUCAGAUGAAGACUUUUCAGAAGAGGAUGACGAAUCGUUAGAUCCCUCUUCUGAUUCAAUCUACGGUGAAUGUAAUAAGGGAAAUGCAAAAACUAAAAAUGAAAAUAAAGAUUUGGAAGAAGGAUUCAAAAGAAUUUAUAAUGUUUUAAAUAAAUAUAGAGAUAACAAAAAAAGUAAAAAUAAGAAUAUGGUGGACCUAAUCGUGGUAAUGUUUUAUGGAUGUUUAGGACCAAAUUUGAAGAAAGAGUUGCUAGAAUUAUUAAACAAACUAAUAGAACAAAUUUUACACAAGGAUACGGAUAAUUUUACGCAAAUUGAAAUUAGCACUAUAAUACCAAAAUUUAUAGAAAAUCUAAAAAAUGGUAACAAGCAUGAUUCUGAGGAUGAGGAGGUGGGAGAAGAGGCACAUCCCACACACCUUGGUUAUAAUCAGAUGAAGACAAAUGUAUCAAACAGUUUGCAUAGGAAGAAAAAUGUAACAUUCGAUAUUAAUGAGAAAAAUCAAGAUUCAACGAAAAGUACAAAGAAAGGGAAUAAGAACAAAAGUGAUACUACUUCAAGUAGUGACCGGAAAAAAGGUGAUGAACAAGAAGGGCAUAAAAAGAAUAAAAAGAAAAUAAAUGGAGAUAAAGGAAAUAAGACUGAUAGUUUAAUUUACUUAGAAAGCUAUGAUGUGAGUGUUUUUGUAGAGGACAUAUUUUCCAUCAUUUUUACGAACAAAGAAUUAAAAAUAAGAAAAGGUUGUUGUUUGUUGCUGGGAAGUGUUGUAAAAGCUCAUGGUAUGGCUAUAUUAAAGAAGUAUAAUAUUUUGGAUAAAAUAAACUCUAAUAUUGACUCUGAGGAUGUUAUUAAGAGGCAAAGUUUUUAUUUAGCAUAUGGUAGUUUAUUUAAAGUGUUGAAAAUAAGAUUUGAGCCAUAUAUUUUAAAUAAUUUUAAACUAUUAUUAGAAUGUUACAAAGAUAAUGUAAAUAACAUAAAGGUCUUGGGAAUUAGUAUUAUUGAAGAAAUAUUAAAUGAUAUAAGCCAGUAUGCCUUGAAAAAAAUACUCCCUUUUAUAGUAGAUAAUUUAACGAAUUCAAGCAUUAAGAAUAAGGACAUAAUUUCCUACUUAGAAACAUUGCAUAUAAUUAUUUCAAAAUUUGAUAUUCUCAAUUAUAUCGAUAAUAAUGCUUUAAUGAAUUUAAUAAAUACCUUGUGUGAAUUAGUUACAGAAACAAAUGCUAAGGUAAAAGAAAUAUGUAUUAAAAUUUUUAAUAAAUUAGAAAAAAUGAUAAAUAAUAAUGAUAUGAAAAAUAUAAGCAGACAGCUGUUAUCGUGCAUUUACUCCCCUAAUAAUAAUAACUUAAGUGCCUUUUUAGAUAUUUUUUCAUCCAUAUCUUUUGAGUAUAAAAUUGAUAAUAUUUCUUUAUGUUUAAUAUUGCCAGUAAUUAAAACAGGCAUAAAUAAUAUCAGGUUAGAAAUAAGAAAAAAAUCACUACAGAUAUUUUACUUCUUAAUAUAUCUAGUCUCUGAUCCGUCCUUAUUUAUUAUUUAUUACGAUAGCAUAUUUGAAAUUUUAAUACACUUACUUAAUGAUGCAAUACCUGAAAUAAGGUAUCUUACUGCUAAGUCUAUUGGAAAUAUUUGUCAGUUUAUGGAUAUUAAUAAUAAAUUGUUUUACAUUCAACACAUUUUUAAUAUUCUCAUAAAUGCCGUUUCAUCAGUGGAAAAAAGCGGAGUUUCCUUAUGCUUAUCUUCCAUUUUAUCGAAAUGUUCAGAAAAAAUUGCAAACAUUUUCAUAUCCAAAGUUGUGAAGCUGAUUGAUGUGAAGAAAUACAAUGAAAUAAAAAAUGAAGCAGGAAAAAAAAUAAAGCAAAUCGAUGAUUCGAUUAGUAAAUUUGAUGGAAGCAUUAUUAAGGGAAAUAAGAAGAAGGGUAGCAAACAACGGGGUAAGUCUAAUGGUAAUGGCGAAAAACAUGUAAAAUUCAUAGAUGAUGAUGAAGAAGAAGUGGAGAAUUAUUAUUCAGAUGAUGAAAGAGAAAGUGAAGGUGAAAAUGAAGAUGAAAACGAAAGCAGGGCAAAAGAAUAUUCUAUAAACGCAGAUGAUGAUGAUUUUGACAGUGAUGCUGAUUAUGAUGACAUCACGGGCUCUGAUGAUUAUAAUGAAUCGGAUGAUGAUGAAGCAGAUUAUGAUGAUUAUGAUGAACAAAAUAAUGCUGAUUCUGAAGAAAGUGGUGCAGAAAAACAUGGUACUAAAAAGGGUAAAGGUAACAAUGAUGCAUACAAGGAUAAGUAUAAAGAAAUAAAAAAAGGAUAUGAUGAAGAGGACAGGAAUGAGGAAAAUGAAGAUGAAGAAGAAGAUGGAGAAGCAUAUACUGAGGAUGAGGAAGAUGAAGAAGAAGAGAUGACCGAAGAAGACAGCGAUAGUGAUAGUGAUUACGAAUUAAUGGAGAAAAAUUCUGAGAGGAAAUCUCAUUUUCUGAAUGGUAAUUAUUUAAUAGAAAAGGAUAAAAGCAAAAAUGAAUAUUGUAAAAAGAUAGAUGAUGAUUUAAUAAACUGGAAAUUAAAAUACGAUAAGAAAAUUAUAAAAAAUGGAAACUCCAAAGAAGGAUUAAUAGGAUUUUUUAUAUAUAUGCCGGAGUGCGAACCAAAUUAUACAGAAAAAUUUUUAAAAAAGAUUUUUCAAAAGUUAUUGUUAUGUUUAAAUGAUAGCGAUGAGAAAAUAAGAGAUAUUACUUUAAGAGCAUGUAAGGUAUUAAUUACAGUUUAUUCAAAAAAUAAUACUUCGUUAAUUUUAAAAUUUAUUGAAAAUAAAAUCUAUAAUGGCUACUGGAGAAUUAGAAGAGAUAGUGUUUCUUUAUUAAAUAUAUUAAUUGAAAAAAAUUUAGAAAUUCAUAAAGAAGAAAAAGAUAUAGAAAUAUUACAUGCUUUACACGAGAGGUUUUAUUUUAUGUUAUCAUUGAUUUGUAUUAUGAAAAAUGAUACAAAUAUAAAUGUUAGGCAAAUAUCGUAUAAUAUAUAUAAGAAUUAUGUUAACAAAAGAGUUUUACAAGAAAUGUGGCCAAUAUUAUUAAAAAAAAUAACGCAGAAUUUAUCAUCUAAAAAUAAUUCAAAACAGGUUAUCAGUGCAUUAACAUUAGGUGAUUUAGUUUUUAAAACCGAUUCGAAUUCUUUGAAAUCUAUUUUGGAAAAUCUUAUUAAUGAUUUUAAGACAACAAAAAAUAUAUCUAUAAGAAAAGGAAUAGCUCUUGGAUUUUACGAAAUAUUCUCAAAGAACAAAUUUAAUAAUUUAAUAGUUAACCAAAUUAAUGAUAUUAUUUUUAUGAUAAAGGAAUUAGCUUACCAUAGAAAUACUUCAGACAUAAUAAAAUUACUAUCUUCGUUACUAUUAAAUAUAGAGGAAACUGUUAUGAAAGAUGUUAUUCUUGAAAUUAUUAACCAUAUUAUUUCUUCUAAAUUGUCCAAAAAUGGAAAGAAAUUUACCUUAAAGCAGUUGAUGUAUUUUAAAAGCAUUAAAUUAUUACUACAUGCUCACACGGAAUUAGUAAUAGAUAUCAUAGUAGAUAAUGCAUUAAUACCCCCGUAUACAGCUUCUAAAUUAAAGUUAUUAUCCUAUGUGUCUUAUGCAAAAUUGGGUGUAUAUACUCAUUUGUUCUCAAAAAUUACUAAUAUUUUUAUAAAUUUAAUUUAUUCCAGUUCGAAGAAUUUGAAGGAUAGUGGACAUAAUGCCAAAAAGGACUUUACUGCUGAGGAAGAUGUUUAUGAUGAUGACAACGAUGAAGAUGAUGAAGGUCACGAUUGUGACAAAAGAAAGUGGGAAAACUUAGAAUUGUAUAAAACUGAUAUGCAAAUUGAAGAUAUAAUACUUUACGUAAAAUGCUUUCUAAAAAAUAUAAAUGAAAAGAACAUAGAUAUUCUAACAGAUAUUCUCUUUUCAGAAUUGAAAAAAUGUCACAGCAAAAUAAACUUAUCCUACGCUACCUUAGAAAAAUAUAGAAAUGAAAAUGGAAAGGAUAAAACAGAGGACAAGUUUUUAAUAACGAAUUAUUCAAAAAUUAUGGAUAAAAAUAAAUUAAAGAAAUUAAGAAAGUUUGAAUAUUUCAAAGGAAGUGGAAAAAUAAGAGAAAUAAUUUUAUCAAUUUUUAAAUAUCUAUUAGACGUAAUAAAUGAAGGAGACAUUUCUUUAUUGAAUAAUGAGAGGACAACAAUAUCGAAGGAUAAAAAUACGACAGAUCUAGGUAACAGCAUUAAUAUGAAGAAGAAAAUAAAGAAAAAAAUAAAUUUAUUAAAUGUGAAUAGGAUAGAUAGGUAUUUAAAUUUUUUAUCAAACUAUACCCUAGUAGACAUAAAUAUUGAGGUUUUGGAAAUUUCAUCUUUAAUAUAUAUGUAUUUAAUUGAAAUGGCUAGGAAAUUAGAUAGUAAGUACACAUUUGUAUACACAUUUCACAGUAUUAUAAAUAAGUACACCACUGAUAGUAAUUUGAAUGAAAUACCUGAAGAUAAGUACGAAAUAGUAGGGUUAAAUGUAUGCGAACGAUUGUUUUCUUCGUUCAUAAAUAUAUUCACAGAUGUAAUUUUAUUGUCAACAAAUUCAGAUAUAAAAAUAAAAUCAAUUGAAAUUUUAAGAAAGCUUUUUUUAUAUACCAAUUCAGAAAUUACAAAUCCCUUUAUUUUAAAAAUUUCUGGUAUCUUAAUACGUGUAUUAACGAAUAAAUACAUAGAACAAGCCAAAAUUUUUAUCUUUUCCACUUUUGAAAUAUUAAUUAAAAAGGGAAGUAAUCAUAUAAAACCGCUAGUACCGCAACUCCAAACAUGCAUAAUAAAAUCACUAAAUAACGAUAAGUUAAAAAAUCAAAUUAUUCAUAUUUUAAAUAUUAUAUCAGAAAAAAAAUUAUCAAGAGUUGAUUUACUUGUAAAUGAUUUAUUGAAUAACAUUAAUAUACAAAUUAAUUUGCAGCAAUCUGUAACUAUAUUAAUGAUAUUGUCAAAUAUAUUAAAUAAUUCGGAUGUUAAUUUAAAAAAUAUUUUAAAUAAAAUAAUCAAUUUGAUUAAGCCGCUAUUUGAUCAUAGCAAUAAUGACGUACGUUUUUAUUCAUGUAAAAUUUACGUACUGUUAAUAAUUUUUCAUCUACCAGGAAAAAAGCAAUAUUUGGAAUCCGUAUUAUAUGUAAAACCUACUUUAGAUGUUACAUCUUAUUAUUUCAUGUUACACAUAAGUGAAGUAAGUAAUUUUUAUGAUAUUUUAAAGAAGGAAAAUUCGUUAGAUGCUUUUAAACAGUUAUAUGAACAGAUGUUAAAGGAAGAAAUAAAUAGUCUACAGAAUAUAUGCUACAACAUAUUUUAUAACUUAUCAAAAUGUGAUGAUGACUGCAUAUCUUAUAUUUAUAGUAUUAUCAGUUAUUUAAAAUUACCUCCGUUAAUCAUGAUUUCUAAAGAAAUACAUCAAAACUAUUUUAAGGGGAUUAAACAUAUAUUUAAUAAAAAACCAGAUAUAUAUCAUGAAAACAUACCAAACUUUUUAAUCAUUUUGGAUAAUGUGCUCUUGGCCUUAACUAACACAGGACAAGUGUUUAAGUUAAUGGGAGAGAGCUGCUUAAAAUGCAUCCUGGAAGUAAACGAUGAAAAUCGGUACAAAAUGAAAAUAAAAUUUUUAAAAGACAAAAUGGAGAGUAAAAAAUAUAACCAACUGCUUGAAUUUGCAAAUAGUGUUUUGGCCAAGAAACGUAGCACAACAUUCGAAUCCGAAUAA